AUGAAGGUCCUCUACGGCCUCACGCUGCUUGCGCUCCUCUCGCCCCUCCCCGUGUCUGCUGACGCGGGGGCUGGGGGCAAGUCCGCCGCCGAGCUGUCUACUGAGGGCAACCGACUCCUCGCUGCGGGCAAGUACUCGGACGCGGCUCGGGCGUUCGGCCAGGCGAUCGAAUCCGACCCGAGCUCGUACCUAAACUACUACAAGCGUGCGACCGCCUACCUGUCGCAGGGCAAGCAGGCAGCCGCGCUGGACGACUUCAACUCGAUCAUCGAGAUGAACCCGAAGUUUGCGCAGGCGUACUUCCAAAAGGCGAAAGUGCUCGCCAAGGAGGGCGACCUGGACGACGCCGCGUCGGCGAUGAAGCAGUUCUCAAAGCUGAAGCCGGGCGACGAAGCGGGCACCAAGCUCUCAUCGGACAUCAGCAGCGCCAAGAGCGCUCUGAAGGCGGCUCAGAACGCAGCCAAGAAGAAAAACUGGGACGACUGUGUCGCCGAGGCGACGAAGGCCAUCCACGUCUCGCCCAACAACAAGGGAGUGCGCGAGCUGCGCGUGCGCUGCGAGACGGAGCGCGGCGACGCUGAGGCCGUGUUUGCGGACAUGACGCGGCUGGCGGCGCUGGACCCGUCCAACCUCGAAUCGCACGUCCAGCUGGCCCAGCUGGCGUACUACCUCAUCGACCCGGCCAGUGCGCUGAACGAGCUGAAGAAGUGCCUCCACUCGGACCCGGACAACAAGGCGUGCAAGAAGCUGCACCGCGCGUGGCGCGCACAGGGCAAGGCGCUGCAGCAGGCGCACAACUUUGUCAACGGCGGCAAGCCGCGCAAGGCCAUCAACCUCCUGCGCGGGACGCAGGACGAGCCCGGCCUGAUCCCCUCGUUCGAGGCCGCCCUCGACGAGGCAGUGAGGGACGGCCUGAUCGCGCCCCAGUUCGCGGCGAAGGAGAAGAGCGCGCCGCGGCGGGAGCUGCUCGCGCUCGGGUGUCGCGCGACGGUGGAUGCGCAGGACUUUGGCUCUCGCGCAGGCAAGCAGUGGUGCGAGGCGCUCCUGGCGCUGGAGCCCGAGAACGAGUCCGCGCUCGUGUUUGAAGGCGAGCGCCUCCUGAAGGCGGAGGAGUGGGAGGGCGCGGUGCGCGCCCUGCAAAAGGCGUUCGAGAAGAACAGGUCGCAGGCGAUCCUGCAAAAGCUGCAAAAGGCCGAGCGACUCCUGAAGGUCUCCAAGCAGAAGGAUUACUACAAGGUGCUCGACGUGCCGCGGGACGCGGACGAGCGCACGAUCAAGAAGGCGUUCCGGAAAAAGGCCAAGGAGAACCAUCCCGACAAGAACGGCGGGAGCGAGAAGGAGAUGCAGGCCAUCAACGAGGCGUAUGAGGUCCUCUCGGAUCCCGAGCUCCGCGCCCGCUACGAUAACGGAGACGACCCCAACGACCCGACCGGCGGCCAGGGCGGAAACCCCUUCGGACACCAUGGAGGCGGCGGCAUGCCGUUCUUCUUCCAGCAGGGCGGCGGCUUCCCCGGCGGAGGAGGGUUCCCAGGCGGUGGAUUCCCGGGAGGCGGGUUCCCGGGCGGAGGGGGUGGAGGCGGACAGAAGUUCCACUUCCAGUGGGGACAGUAG